UAAACCUGAUGAUGGUAUGCGAAAAUAAGCCACCGCCAUAACUCAGGACUACCAAAGAUUCCGUCGCAUUAAGCGGCAUUAUCGCACUCGUAUGAUCCUCCCAUGGCUCAUAUCGAUACACCUUUGGGUUGUAUGUGUUAUACAACAAGCAGUAUGUCGUCAAAGAAGCAUCACAACUCGAAUCAAUAAUGGUUACUACAGUGCUGUAUAUCCUUCUGGAUAUACACCCAGCUUAUCACAACCUGUUGCCAACAAUGGUCAAAUAAUCGCAUCUAAUGAAUGGAAACUGCCUUUGAUCAAGAAAAACACAGUUACUUCCUUCGUAUGUACUGAAUUGAGAAACUGUCUAUAUUCGACUCAGCCAAAACUUAGCAGAGGCAUUAAGACGAAACGUUUUCCAGUGGAUAUAACAAUUUCGCGCACUAGUGAAUGCCCACACGACGUAUCAUGUAAACUAGCUGUUGUAGACACACUGGUCGAUGUCGGUGAAUUCGUCAGGAAGGCAAUACAUCCAAACAUCGUCAGUGAUGAGUACUACCGAUACGCACACUGGCGUAUGUUGGAAAGGUUCACCCUGGCUGCAGCGAUGGCAUUGGCUUCACAAAUUAAACCCGCAGGGGUAAAUACUGAGACUAAGGACAUCGAAGUGGCUGUUACCGACAAAGGUAUAUCACAUUGGUUGACAUGGGCUACUAGUGGUAAAGUCAGCUCAGCGUUAACCACUAUAGUGUUGAAGGAUAUUUUUUCCAGGAUACUCAAUUUCGUGUGGUUCGGGCAGAUUGGAGCUGGUUUCGAUGAUAACCCAAAGGCUUUCCGGUUGCUAGGAGGGCUGCUAUGCAGCGCGGCCGGAGUUGCUUGCUUCAUUGGUAACAUGAUGCAACUGGAGCCCAAAGUGGUACUGACUGUCUUGGUCAACGUAAUAAAGCAUGUAGGCGCAGUUACCAUGGUGGCUUCACAAGCCACGUUCCACAGUACAUUUUGCGUAAAGAAUGCAGCAACUAACGUCGGUGAAAUAACUGCAAAGUUGGAAACGCAGAGUCCAAUUUGUGAUUUUUUAGGCAUGGCUGCAGGAACAUCACUGGGUGCUCUGACGGCCAACAUGGCAGCCUCCAUGCAAACCGUUUUGUUCACCGGUAUGUGCUUGACAUCUAACAUCGCAACUUACAUGUGCGCAAAGAGCGUUUGUUUCCGUACACUUAACCCUCAGCGGUGCUUCGUUUUACUUGAAAACUUUGCAAGCGUCCUAUUAAGGAGGUUGGAUAGCUACCUUAAAUACCACAAGAUGAGGCUGCAGUCAUUGAGUCAAAGGUCACGAUAUGAUGUUGCAGUGGAGACUUCAGAUGGCACGGAUUCAGCAGAGGAAUCGCAAAGUGAUUUGUCAUGCUUCGACGACGACGAAUGUGGUACUAUCGCAGAGAUGAUAUAUAACUACGAGUUCGAUACUGCCAACCGUAUCCUUAACAGGUUCACAUCAGUACAUCUUUGCAAGAAGCUAAAGAGAGGCAGGAAACCGGGACCACAUGGUGUGGAGACAAAUGAACGCUAUCCUAAUGAACCACUUAACCUGGUACAAAAAGGUAUAGGUAUAAUGUUCCUAACACCAGAACAAGUGGCAGCACGUGAAACUUUGUUAUUCCCCUGGAGAGAUGGAUACCUUAAACACGGAGCGGUUAAAUACUCAUUGGCAGACAUGUCAGUAUCGCCAGCUGCUCUCACGGAGUACCUCAAGGUGUUCAAGGGCGAACGCUUCGUAGUAGCCCUGGGAUCAGAGGAUGCAGUAGAAUGUACAAUACACAGAUCAGCCACACCGAGGGAUGCCAUGCUCGCUAUACUGACGUACAAUAUAGCAGAUAAGCUAUGGACCAUACUGGCCGAGACUAUGGAACAAAGUUUCUUUGAAGAACAGCUAGAGCAAAUAUGGGACAUGUGCAAAAGGUCAGCAGUCAGCCUCAAAGAGGUGCUAGCACAACUGAAACCCAACCCCAAUACAAGGAAACGUACAUACACGAACCAAGAUGCAGAUACACAUCAAAAUAAGGUGCUGUCUAGAUGGGGAUUGCAAACGGUAACAUACGCUUAUAACGUAGCAAAAGCGUGCAUUGACGAAGUUAUGCUAAGCGCACAGGCAGCCAAAUGGGAUAUCGAUAAGUUCGAGCUCUGCUCACCGUUCAAAAACUAGUAAAAGAACACAGACGGUCGGCCGGGAAAUGCAGAAUGCC